AUGGAUGAAUUCGAUAAUCAAAUCGAAAGCUUUCACGGAUAUGAGGUGACCCUUUUGACGAUAAAAUAUGGAUUCGAAGUUUUGGACAGGAAGCUCAAGACCAAUAAAAAGACAGGCAAAAGCUUAGACUUUCGAGAUUGGCGAAUAUUUGGAACCAUGUCUUACACGUGCAAUGCACCAAGUUCCCCGAAAUCCAAGAGAUCCAAGGUCUUGGGUGAGGCUGAUGAGGGUAUCUUCGUGGUCAAGAUCAAACCAUUGACUUGCACGGAUCUAAUGAUGAUCAAAGAAAGAGCUUGCGAAAUGACUAUUACCAGAGAUGAAAUGAAUUGA